AUGCGGCUCAUAUUCGACCUCGUCAACGGCAACGCCCAGCAGGUACCGACGCAAUUACCCGACUGGUUGAUCCCGGCGUCGAAAAUCCACUUAAUCCAGGCCAAGCAGGCGUUAAGCGGCAACGUCACCGACAUAUACAAUGUGCUGGGGACUCUGGACGACGACGACGACCGGUUGCUGGACGAUUUCGACUGGUAUAUUUCUCCUACUGAUCGCUCCACUUACGAAGCGAUAUAUAACCGCAACAGCGACAAGUUGGGCCGCGUGCGGUUUGAGCUGUUGCAACCGUUGUACGACGGGUUGUCGAAAGUCCCCUCUCUGGACAUUUCCAGCGCGUGGAACUUAGUCAACCCUAAACUGUUUGAGACCAUCGAUAAGGACCAAGUGCUCGUGUUUUUGCACAUUUUGAACCAGCGAGAAAACGGCAAGCGGGUACCUCGCGGGGUGCCGGCGUCGCUUCGAGCUACCUUCUCCAAAGAGGCUCCCAACUACGACCUCGACGCCCAGCAAACCCAGCUGCUGAUGCCCGCUCAGCGACUGGGGGGGAAGAAACUGUUUGGCCACGACUACUUGAGCAAGAUCGGCCAGAGUCUGUCUAUCGCCGAGAAAGGUACCGAUUUCAGUGUAACUGAAGGUACUGACUGGGAAGAAGCCCGGUUAAAGCGUCAACUCCAGGAUCUUGAAAACUUACUCGAAAAAGCUCAACAACAAAAGAUGGGCGGGUCUGGUGACGACGGCUCCGACUACGGCGUGGUCAAGCACGAGUUCGAGCAAUUGCUCAAGUACAAACAAAACGAGCUUCGCAAAGCCCGCGCCAGCGGCUCACGAAACGAUCUCGGCCUGGUAGUGACGGACAUCGAGUUGAUCGAGAGCCAGGUGGCUCUGUUAGAGGGCUACUUGUCGCAGAAGCAACAGGAAUUGGCGGCGAUCCAGCAGGAGAUCGCGGCUUUAAAGUAA